AAUGCCGUUCUUACCACUCUCACAAGUCCGGCAACUGAGGGACGAACUCCACGGGACCAGUGCCGAGGUAUCGACCUGGGGGUGUGAGGGCUAUGAAGACAAUGUCAAGCAAUGGAGCGACUGCAUUAGCAGCACUGAUCAGAAACAGGGCGCCGUAGUCCGAGUGACCACCCCGUAUGAAGCCGGAAUUGUGGUCAAAUUCACCACGCGCCACCAGAUCCCCCUGGCUGUGCGCGGCGGGGGCUACUCGACGAGCGGCAGCUCGACCGCACGCGGGGGGAUUGUGCUGGACCUCGCGAAACUGCGCCAAGUGCACAUCGACCCGGAGGCGCGCGUGGUGACGGCGGAGGGGGGCGCCCUGUGGGCCGACAUCGACGUCGCCGCCGCACAGCACGGGCUCGCGGUGGUGGGAAGCACCUUGAGCCACAUCGGUGCGGCGGGGGCCACGCUGGGCGGCGGAUACGGAUGGCUGACCGGGCAGUACGGCCUCGCGAUCGAUAAUCUGCUCUGGAUCAAAGUGAUCCUCGCCGACGGGCGCGUGGUGAUCGCCUCCGCCGACGACCAUCCCGAUCUCUUCUGGGCGAUGCGCGGUGCCGGCCAGGAAUUCGGCGUCGCGGUCGAGCUGGCCUUUCGGGCGCAUCCCCAGCGCAACUCCGUCUUUGCGGGCACGCUGCUCUUUGCCCCCAGCCAGCUGCCCGCGGUGGUCGACUUUGCCAACCGGUUCGAGACGCUCACCGAUGGGAAGCAGGGCCUCUGGUUUGGCUUCACCGUGGCCACCGCGAUGACCCAGUGCUGCAUCCUCGUGGUCGUCUUCUACAACGGCGAGCAAGCGGCCGCAGAGCGGUUCUUCGCGCCGCUGUUGUCGGCCGGGCCGAUCGCCAACCACACGGGGAUGAUUCCCUACGAUAGCCUGAAUGGCAUCCUCAAUACCACGGAUACCCUGCACCGCCGCGGCAGCGACACGGAAAUCAACAUCAGCUACCCGCUGGACAACGCGAUGGGGCCCCGGAAGAGCAUGCGCGGGUCCAAUGUCACCCUGCCGCUGGAUCUGGGGUUUGUGCAGUCCGUCUACGAGGAGUUCAACGAGACCUUGACCGAGCUCCCCCAGACCCGAGAUAGUCGACUACUCUUCGAGCUGCUCCCCAACGCACAGAUUCAGAAGAUCCCCAACGAGGCGACCGCGUUUGCUAACCGCGGGCCGUACUACAAUGUGAGUUGUCUGUUCCGCUGGUAUGAUGCCAGUCUGGACGAGAGGAUCCGCAUGGCGCAGGCGAGUCUGCUGGAGCGCAUCGCAACCACGGCGGGGAUCCACCGACCGGGUUACGACGGGCCGAAACGAGGAACCGGAAUCUAUGCAAAUUAUGCUGGCCACGAGGUGUCCAGCGAGACCAUUUUUGGAGCGAACUUGCCCCGGCUUCAGGAGCUCAAGAAGAAGUAUGAUCCGCAUGGGGCAUUUAACAAGUGGCAUCGAAUCAGGGUUGCGUAGCAUCGA